CCCGGGUCCUUUUUGUGGACUAACAAAGAUGGCGGCGUCCAUGUUGUGCAGGAGGACGGCAAUGUUAUGUAGGACUUUAAAGGGACUUUCAUGUUCGAAAACUGUAUUUUCUGCGAACUCCCAAAGUGGGUUUCUGUUGCAGGCGGCGUCCUAUAACCCCAGACCUUUAAAGCUGAACCUCCGGGAGCCCUACGUCCCAGACAAGGACAACGAGAAGACGCCGGAGUGGCAGAAGACGGCCCGGUAUGACAGGAAGCUAUUCGGUCGCUACGGCUCAGCGUCGGGUAUCGACCCUGCGUUGCUGUGGCCCAGCCAUGAGCAGCUGGACAAGAUCAUCGCAGAGGAACAGGAGUGGCACCCUCCGUUAGAGGUAAUGCUGAAGAACAUUGAGGCCAGGGAGAAGCAGGAAACCGAGAAACGGCUGGCAAAAGAGAAACUCCUAGCAGCGAACAUGGCCAAAAUGCCCAAGAUGAUAGCGGACUGGCGCAGAGAGAAGCGGGAAACCAAGCACAAGCUGAAGGAGGAGAAAGCGCGGCGUGCAAAGUUGCUGGCCGAGGCCAGAGAGCGCUUUGGCUACGCAGUGGACCCCCGCAGCCCCAAGUUCUUGGAAAUGGUUGCUGAAAUAGAGAAGGAAGAGAAGAAGAAGAAGAAACUAAUGAAACGCAGACUGAAAGAGGAGCAGGUGGUGGCCCCUGUCACACCUCCUGCUGCCUCCUCAUAGUCUAAGUCUAGACGGAGUCAUUUCAGACAUACAGAACUGCUGGGGCUUGGUCUAACUACUUACUGAGAUGGAAGGUGUGCUGCAUAAUACAACUCACUGGGACAUUUGUGAAAGAGUAUCUGAAUACAGGUUAGACCUUGUGUUACCUGAUGGCAUUUGUAAUCAUUGUAAUUUCCCCUUGCGAGAUUAAUACAGUAUACAUUAUUAUUAUUGGCCUGGAUUAAAGAAAAUCCCCAUCCAUGUUUUUUUCUUUUGUAAAAAAAAACUAAGCAUGUUAUUUUUCAUUACCUUUUUAUGUAUUUAGCUGUCGCUGAAAUAAAUACAUUGCUGUACAGAAA